GCUCUGCCCUCCGGACUCGCCCAUACAGUGUUAGAUAAGUUGAAGGGAUGUGUGGUCUUAUUGUGAGGAAUCCUGCCGCACGAUAUUCCUGAGGAUCUCUCUCUGUGUGUUCGUGUAUUUUUUUUUUCUUCAACUUCGAUGGCUUGAGUGGCCCAUUUGCACUCAUGCUUGCAGCCGAGGAGGGAUGUAAGGUACGGGCCAUCUACCGCCCUCACAUUGCACGGAGUAGCGGCGUGAUUCAGGUCGCUAUCUGAGUGCCAAUAAGCAAAAAACUACUUUCGAGAUGUGAAUUAUCGAGAUUUGCUACUCAUUUCCACCGGCUCGCCUGUCCUAUGCUAUCGACAACGGGAUUUCAAGAGGAAAAUGAUUGUGGCAUAAACUAUUUCUGGAGACGCUUGUCACAGAUAUCGCCGCUGAACUGGACAGGGUGGAUGGUUAUUUCCCAAACACUUCAAGCCUAUGUAUACUGCAUUCAUUUGUUGGAAUCGCUGCCUAGUAUCUUCGAGAACAGCGCAAGAGGAAUGCUGGUCCAAGAUCUAAUGCCAUUUACUUUAAGUUUUUGGCCUUUUUUCUUCGGUCAUUGCCUUCUCUCACUGUUUUUACUCUCAUGCCAGGGAGAACUCCAGAGGUCAUGCUCACGGACUGUGGCGGAGAAAGUUAGCGAACAGUGCCAGCUGGCAUGCCACUGUAGAAGAUACCCUCCCCUUCCUCCUCCACCGCCUCCGCCACCUCCUCCGCGGCUACUGGGCACCACAGUGGCAGAGCCCAUGGUGCCCUUGUUGAGGCCCUGGUGGAUGGAGAUGGACAUUAUAGUGCUUGGAACAGUUGGCUGUGCCUCAGUCGUCUUCCUCCUCUCAGCCAUCAUCAUCUGCUACAAGGCCAUCAAGAGGAAACCACUUCGAAAAGAGGAGAACGGAACGAGUCGUGGGGAAUAUGCCAUGAGCAUCCGUAACAAGAAGGCCAUGGGUACGAACAACACUGUGGUAUAGACUGACUCCUGGUCGAUGCAGGAAGUGACAUCACCAUUACCGUCUCUCACCUUACCUCCCCUCCGAAUACAACAAUCCCCUCUCACCCAGAAUGCAACAGGGUUUUACCCAAGGUUUUUCAAAUAACCUUCCCUUUUUGCUUGGCAUGUUGCCCGGACUGAAGACACCAUUCAGCUCAAGAAGAGCUGCAAAAGAUGGAAGGGGAAAAAAAAAAAUCAAACCAGAAAGGACGGAGUGAAAAAUCCACAAACCCCCAUGGUGUUGAAAGUGGCACAGCAGGCUGAACAUUAUGCUCUUAGUAACAGCAAGUGUUGCUGACAGGCUGGUUGGCUGCUGGCUGGAGAGGGACUGUCUGCCAGUCUGCCGCAGAUCCAGACCUCACACACUGUUGACAUCUGCAAUGGAACAACAGACAAUACAGCAGCCCUGCAGUCCCACGGGCGGCCGGACAGGACAAGCCCAUCACACACAAUAAAUAACGUGCAUGCAGUUUUUACAGAGAAUGCAACAUUUUUUUAUAGUCCGAUCCCCACACUGUCCAUCUCUUGUUCUCCUUUUUUUUUUUGAGACAGAUGCUCUGAGAGAGGCAUGAUGUUCCUGUCAGUCCUGGCUCUGAGAUGUGGAUUCAUAUGACUAUGCAAUUUAAAGAAAUCCAUACAUUUAAAAAAAGAAAAAAAAAGGAGGCAACAUCAUCAA